AUGGCUGAUGCACUUAUUACUUCCACAAUAAAGGUGGCACUGGAGAAGACACUUGCCCUUGCCAAUGAAAGGAUUGGCAAGUUAUUCCAAUUCAAGAAGGAUUUGGAGACCCUGAGAGGAUCCGUUGCCAUGAUACAAGCUGUCUUGGCUGAUGCUGAGGAAAAGCAAACGCACGACCAGGCCGUGCAACUGUGGCUCCAGAGGCUGGAAGCCGUGGCGUUUGAUGCUGAGAAUUUGUUGGACGAGCUGAAUUAUGAAGCUCUUCAUCGCCAACUCGUGGGCAAGGUACGCUCCUUCAUCCUGUCCUCUGACAUUAAUAUCGUUUUCCGAUGGAGAAUGGCCUCUAAGAUCAGCGACAUCAACAAGAAGUUGAAUAAGAUCAAUAAAGAAGCGAAUGAUUUUGGACUGAUCAGAUUCCAAAGGGCAACUUUCCCCCCUUCUACAACUGCUAAAGUCACUCUAAAUAGAGAGACGGAUUCUAUAGCUGGCCAUUAUGUUGUAGGAAGAGCUAAGGAUGAAACAAGGCUGGUGGAGAUUUUGCUAAGCUUGUCAGAAAAUGCCGUUUCUGUAAUUCCCAUCCUUGGGAUGGGCGGAUUGGGAAAGACAACUUUAGCUCAAUCUGUAUACAACAAUAGCCAAGUUGAUAGCCAUUUUGAGAAAAAAAUUUGGGUUUGCGUGUCCGACAAUUUUGAAGUGACAAGGCUUUUGAAAAUGAUUUUAGAAUCACUCACGAGAAGAAAUGUUGAAAUAACCAGUAGGGAUGUCAUUGUCCAGGAAAUUAGACAACAACUUGUGGGGAAAAAAUAUCUUCUUGUUCUUGAUGACGUCUGGACUGAAAGCCAAAUCUUGUGGGAUGAUUUUUUACGUUUGUUACGGGGCCUGAAUGCAACUAAUGGAAAUUGGUGUGUUGUGACAACUCGCAAACAACAAACUGCAUCCAUUGUGGCCACACAUGAUCCUUAUGUGUUAGGAAAGCUAUCUGAUGAUGAUUGUUGGUUUAUCCUAACAGAGAAAGCCAAUGCAGGUGGAGAAAUUCCCGAAAAAUUGCAAGUCAUGAAAAAGGAAAUUAUAAAAAAAUGUGGUGGCCUACCGCUAGCUGCAAGUGCAAUGGGAGGUUUAUUGCGCAUGAAGGGAAAAGAGGAGUCGGAAUUGAUUUUGAUGAAUAAGCUUUCAAAUUUGAGCGGAGAUGAAGACAGUGUCAUGAAAAUACUUAAAUUGAGUUUUAAUUGUUUACCAUCACCAGCCGUUAAGAAAUGUUUUGCAUAUUGUUCUAUGUUUCCUAAGGAUACUGAGAUGAAAAGAGAUAUGCUAAUCGAACUUUGGAUGGCAGAAGGCUUCCUUCAAGUAGAUCUCAAGAACAAAACAAUGAGGAAAUUGGAGAGUAUUACUUGGAAAUUUUAUUGCAGAGUUCUUUGCUGGAAGAAAUAA